GUUGUCGGAUUUCAACACUACAGCCUUCAUGACCCAGUUAGAUGCAUUUGGAAGACCGCCGCCGCCGCAAAAGCUAAAUGACGGACGUGGAGGGGUGGCCAAAGAGCUCGCCUCGAAAUUGAACAUGAUAAAUCUGGACAAGCAGAAGCGAAUCCGCGGUGAGUUAAUGGCACCUUCCGAGAAAGGAAUGGUGAAUUUGUGUUUGGGAAAUCAAAAGAAUGUCAAUAGAUGUGAGAUACGAGAUGCUGAUGUGCAGAAAUGGCGAGAUGAUGUACUCUCUGUGAAUCGCCCACGCAUCAGCUGCUAUAAUCAGCAAGAGACAGCUGAAAGUGCUCGGGAAUAUGCCAGAAAAAUUGCUAGCACCAUUCCAAAGACGAAUGUUUACCAGGCUCACAGCGAGAGUGAGGAUGAUGGUGGUACGCGCAGUGAUUCGGCCACUAAUUCGCUGCCGUCUCUACCCGAAGAGCUCAUUGUCGCUACAAGUCAUGAGCGUAAAUAUUCCGACUAUUCAUCGGCGUCCAGUCAAAAAUCGCCCACUCCGCCAAGCCAAUCAUCAUUUUCCGACUACUCUUCCGCUUGUCGCUCUCAAGUUUCGCCCCCAGACUCACAAAGAUCAAACAGCCCUCUGAAGGCUGAUACAUCAACUAGGGUCAACGUGAGCAGUCUUCGAGCAGACCACUUCUCACCGAUGACUAGGAAAGAGUUUGCCGAGAGGGCAUCGCCGAAACCGAAAUCGGAGCUGAGCUUGGCGGAAAUUCUCAGCAGAAAGCAGCAAGUAAACAGCGCUUCAAUCGCAAGCUAUGGUGUCGGACUCACACAGCAGGUGCGGCUCACCGACCAGAAGCUACCUGCGGGCAAACCACCAACAUUCAGGUCACUUAACGAUGACCAAAAGCGGCACUUAAAAUGGCAAGAAAUCAGCAAUACUCUCGAGACACAAGACCGAAAGUUUGAGAGACUCAGCGAACAAAUGCGAAGGGACUUGGUAGUAGACAAACAGGAAGUUGGGUUGUGUGCAAACUGUCGGCGUCCAAUGUAUGAGACCGAGGAUCGCUACAAGAUCAACGACUCGACCUAUCACAAGGCAUGCUUCACCUGCGAAGUUUGUGGAAAGGAACUAAGGGAACAGCAAUUUUACUUGGAUGACGGCCGCUUUUAUUGCAAGCAGGACUAUCUGUACAACAUGGACAAAAAGGUGACGCGGUGUUUCCAGUGCAAAGAGCCCAUACAGGACAUGGUUUUAUCGGCCCUGAAUCGGAAUUAUCACCCCGCAUGUUUUCGCUGUGCUGGAUGUGGGAUCUGCUUAGACGGCGUACCGUUCGCCCUCGACAAAGAAAACCAGGUUUAUUGUAUGCCAGACUAUCACGAGCGUUUCGCGCCAAGAUGUUAUCGUUGUAGGAUGCCCAUCUUACCCGACGAGAAUACUGGUGAAACCGUGAGGAUAGUCGCACUUGAAAACAAUUACCACAUCGAAUGUUACUCUUGCGAGGGAUGCGGUCUCAAACUUACUGACGACGGCGAUGCAUGCUGUUAUCCGCUUGGAAAACAUCUACUGUGCGAGCGAUGUCAUAUGCAUUGGAGGCGUUCGGGAGCUGAAGCGCCGAUUUCCGACUUAUAACUUCUUCUGGGUAGGAGUUUGUAUGUGUCUAAGUAAAAAGUUUUUGUGAUUGUUAAGAACUGCUGUAUUGUGAUUGCAUGCAGUUGAAUUUCUAUAUAAUAGAUGUCGAUAAUUCCAACAACAAUUUCGUCUCAGGUUGCCAGCGCCUUGAAGGCAGUGUCUGUGUACCAAGGCUUUCCGAGUACGGUAACGAUUGAGUUAUUGCUAAGUUUUUUCUGCUAUAAAUGAGCUGUAUAAAUUGUCGAUUGGGAAGGCUUAGUUAAGGUUUCCCAAUCAGAAUCCAAAUGAAAGCCCGUGUACACAGAUUUGCUGGAGACUGCUUUCAAGGUUAUUACUUCAAAUCAACCGAUGUUUUAAACCAUAGCAUUGUAGAUGCUUAUUUGUCGCUUCAAGUCAGUCUUAAGAACUACAUGCGGUGAGAAAGUUUUUGCUCCCUUGCUCAUCUCAAGCUUAAUCAUAGCUUUGAUCAUGUCCAUAUUUUAGUCAUGUGCCUUAGUCAAAGAUUG